AUGGUGCUCUGGAUGUCGUCUGGAUCGCAGCACACAGCAGCGGUGGCACCAUGCUCAGUGCAGCAGCUAGAUUUAUGGCAGCCCGCCGAAUGCGGCACGUCGAGCACGGAAGACCAUAUUUCCGACGAGGAGGUCGUGGAAAUGGCGUCGCUGCUUCUCCAGUGCGAAUCCGAUUUUAUGGGAUCUCUUAACGUGCCUCGUUCUAACAAGGACAUUAAUUUCGACUCUGCUGAAGCACUGCCUCCUCCAUCCCAGGAAUUCACGAGGAGCCCUCAUCGCGGAAACAAGCGGCAGCGAGAGGAGUCGGCGUCAACUGGACCGGCUCUGCCUGAUGAUCAGAAUCGGCGAAUUUUGAUUCAGCCGUGCAACGUGAAGAUAGAGGACCUACUAGGCCCGGAGAGCAGCUCGCUCGAAAGUCUUCAGGAGACGAUUGAGUUUCAGAUGGACGUCGCCGCGUUUAACGACGAGGUUGCUAUUGGGGCUGCUGCGGCGGCGGCUGCGACCGCGGCGCCGGCUGCGGCGGCUGCGGUGAGGGUGAAGAGCGAGGGUGAGGUGGAUACACUCGACGGCGAGGUUGACGAGGGCUUCAACGGGUACAUUCCAACGGCUGCUGCCGAGAGGUGCGGCCCGCAGUCGUCGCCGCCGUCGCCGGCGUCAUCGCCGUCGUCGCCGUCUUCGUCGCCAUCGUCGUCGUCCCGCCUGCUGGUUGUGCCCCAGCUGGCCCCACAGCCGGCACUGCUCCAUAUACCGCAGCUCGCGUGUUCCGCCACGUGCCAAAGCGCCAGAAACGCCGGUGCCUUCAUCGAGCCUGAUGUGAAACGGUUCAAAGGCCAGGCGGCUGGUGAUUUCUACCCCCGUCACCAAUUGUCCUGCGCGCCGAGCUAUACCGCGCUGAGCCACGCGCCGAGCUGCGCGCCGAGCACUCCAGGCUGCCAGCCAAUCUGCGCGCCGAGCAGCGGCCAGGCAUCCGCUAUGCGCGUCGAGCCGAGCUGCGGGGAGCACGCGACGUCGGCGCCUAAAACUAGAGAUUUGGCUGAGACGGAGUCUCUCACGGUUGAGCUUAUAUCGGAGCAUCGCGGCGCGAUGACGACGGAGCCUGGUGAAGUGUACCAUGCUAACCCCGAGGAAGCUUCGUCGAAUGCUGCUGGCGGCGGUUGGGGCUCGGGAUUGGAUUUCACCAGCCGUCAGCAGCAGCCGCCGCAGUUGGCGCCGCGGCGUGAGGCGGCGCCAGACGAAGGCGGCAAUUUGUACCGCUGUAUUACUGGCUGCGACAGCCCCCCGCCGCCGCCGCCGCCGUCGCGACGCUGUUUGACGAAGCCGCGGCGAUCGUCUGCGUCGUCGGCGUCGCACGCGGCCACUCGCGGCGCAACUAGAAGGCCGGACAUGGCGGCCGCUCGCGGCGCCGCAAUCCGAGGGGCGGCGGCUUCCGCUGACUCCGCCGCUGUGCCGCGCGCGACCUACUCGGCGCUAAGAUUCGGCGAGCCGGGGUACCCAGCGGAAUAUCGCGGCGCGUUUCGCGACAAUGUGACGGCGCUGGCUGCUGACGUCAUGCAACGCGAACCCGAGGGGUAUGAAGUACCUGCCGUUUUGUCGCUCGCCUCCCCCACGCACCUCCUGCACGGCGUUAUCCACUCCAAUGGCUUCGGCCAUCUCGUCACGCUCAACGGCCGGGCGGCGGGCUCGCACGUGCUGUCCGGGCGGCAGCUGAUGCAGCUAUGGGACAACAUUUGCACCAUGCUGCGUGCGAGGGUGGUGAGUGUGGAGGACUUAUCUCACAAGCUCUCCUUCUCCUCGGACUGUCGUCUCCUCCACACCCUCACCUUCUCGCACUCCUGGUUCGCCCGCUGGGGCUACUCCUUCGCCCACGGCGCCUUUGGAAUCACACACCACCGCUACAGCCAGGCUGUAGCGCGUGUGGCCGGCACACGCCUGCUCCCGCUGCUGCAGCACCUGAGGGGCAUCAACACGGGGAUCGCCUCCCGUGUGGCGGCGGUCGUUGCUAAAUACCAGUCGCAUGUGUUAGCUAAGUGCCAGUCUGAGGUUGAAUUCCAGCCUCGCGUAUCACAGGGCUCACAGGAGGUUGACCAACGCUAUCCACAUGCCUCACAUGCGCCACACAGCCCGCAUGCCGCUCCACACGGCCCACAUGCCGCUCCACCCAACCUCACCCUGCAGCACCUCUUCUCAUCCCUCCUCGCUUUGCGCUCCUCCCUCCCCCUGCCACUGCACCACCAGCACCACCACUUCCCCCACCUCCUCCACCCCUCUUCUCUCCCCCUCCCCUUCACUCCCACUACUCCUUCUCCUCUCACUGCUCCCUCUACUCCUGCUGCAGCAGCAGCAGCAGCAGCAGCAGCGCCGCUAGCUGCUGUCCCUUCUCUUGCCUCCUCCCGUUCCCCCCUCCUCUCCUUCUCCGCUCGUCGCCUCGUCGCCCCCCCGCCGCCCCUUACCCUCCCCCCGCUCUUCCCGUCGCUGCAGCCAAUGGCGGUGCGCCAGCUGUCCGGCGAGCCGAGCCCCAGCUCCGCGUCCUGCUUGUCCGAUGAGCUGUCGCCACGUCAGCAGCAGCAGCGCCUGCUGUGUCAGCAGCAGCAGCAGGCCCUGCCGUCCCUGGUCCCACCAAUCAGCUACCAGCAAAUGGACAUCCCUCCAUCUCCCAGCGUCGCGACUCCCUCUACAAUCACACCGAGUACUAUCGCUCCCAAUACUGUCACUCCCAGGAGCAAGCGUACGCUUCUGUUCCUUGACAGUCCCAUCAGCAGCGCUUUAGCUGCAGCACCAGGAGCAGCAACACCAACAACACCAGCAGCAUCAGCGGUAGCCGCAGCGGCAGCAGCAGCAGGGGAGUAUCCCAGGCGGCUGCUCUGCAACGAGCCAAUCAUAAUCAGCCCACUGCCAGCCGACUCCCCCUCGUGCCGCUGGUCGUCCAAGCGCCUCCACCUGGCGCAACAAGUCAUCGUGGACGUUCUGUCCCUCCGCCCCGGCGCCUGGCUGCCUCGGCACGAGGUCCGGGAGGCGGCUCGGCAGAGGAUCGGCGACACGGGGUUAUUGGAUUUUGUGCUGAAAUCGCUGGGGAACAGGUUGGUGGAGGAUGUGGUGGUGAGGAGGGCGAUUAAUCCGCUUAGUAAAGUGCUGGAGUUUAGCCUAGAGCCGCUGCAGCGGGAGGGCGGGGAGAGAGGUGGGGGAGGGAGAGGAGAGGGGAGGGAGGGGGUGGAGAGGGAAGGGGUGGUUGGGGAGGAGGGGAGAGGAGGGAUGGAAGGGCAGCAGGGAGAGGUGCCGAUGGGGGAGCAAGCAGCACGAGCUGCUGUGGCGGCAGCAGGUGGAGAUGGGGGAGAGGAAAGGGAUGGCGCUGCUACAGAGAGUGAAGAGGAGGAUGGGACGAUUCGAGUGCUCUGCAGCAUUGAUGCACGGGAUGCAGACACCAAUCGCGACUGGCCCAUACCGCCGCCCGAGCUCAUAACCCUGCCGCCCGAAGCAACCGUCGCUGACCUCAAGUCUGCUGCCUGCCGAGCCUUCGCCCAGACCUACCCUGUGGCUCGGCACAUGCAGGUCACUGCUUUGCCGGAGGAUCUGGCAGACCUGGAUGAGGAUGACGUGCUAUUUGGCUCACUCGACUCAGGCGCCUCUCUGCUGCUCGCCAUCUCCAGCCUUGAUGCGCACAGCGAGUGGCGCUACGAGGGCGGCAACGACACGUGGGCGGUGCGGUGCGUGUGUGGCGCGCUGGACGACGACGGGGAGCGCAUGAUUGCGUGCGACGAGUGCGGCGUGUGGCAGCACACGCGCUGCACUGGGAUCGGUGAUGCUGCGCCUGCCCCCAUGAGCUUCCUGUGCUUGGCCUGCAGGGCGGGGGAGAAGGAUCAUUACCGGGAGGCCCCGGCUACACAGGUUCGGCAAGCAGGUUCGGCAGCCCGCACCUGUGCCUGCCGCCACUCCCUCUGCUGCGCAACCUAA